CCAAGAUACAUCAAAGCAAUGAUGGACUGUUACACAAGGACGGCUGAGGUUUCUUGGUAUCCAAGUAUUGGAGCUUUGUCAUACGAGGUCUUGGCCAUGUCUGCGUCUGGAAGCAGUGCAGUUUGUGAGACCAACAUGACCACCUGCACACUAGAAGGGCUGCUUUGUGGUCACAGCUACUCUGUGUCUGUCAAAGCUAUUGGAGACUCCUGCAACAGCAUCGCUGACACGAGUGGACUACUGGUCACAGAGCCUUGCAUCCCUGAUCACAUCACCGCUCAGUACAGCCUGACGAUUGGUCAGGUGCAGUGGGAUUUGGCCAGUGGAGCUGUAAACUACACAGUCAUUGGUGAAACAGACCAAGGACUUGUAGUCUCUUGCACUACCAGCGACACCUAUUGUGCAUUGUACAACAUGGGCUGUGGACAAAUCUACAACAUCACAGUUGGAGCGCACAAUGAAGCGUGCAGCGAUGUGUCUGUCUCUACUGUAGCAGCUACCAUUAUGACAGAACCGUGUCCACCCAAUAAUGUGCAGACAAGCGUGGACUGUCGAACAAACCAGGGAACCGUGUCAUGGGAGACCAGCUUUGGUGCCAUAGGCUACGAGGCUCAGCUCUCUGGACGUGACGGACACUCACUGACCUGCCUUACCAACGACACUUUCUGCAGUGUAGAAAACCUCCACUGUGGAGUCAUCUAUUACACUACUGUCAUUGCCAUCGGGGAGACACUCAACAGCAGCAUGUCUACCACUGUCUUGCUGAUUUCAGGUGCUGUUCCCUAACACGUGUUCAUUUUUAUUUAGAAAGAUCUAAUUUUUUCUUGCCCUUUCUUGAAAAAAUUCAAGUCUCACUUGACACAUCUGGUAUUUUUUAAUGCCCUUUAACAAAUCAGUUGACAAUCAAGAAGUUAUGCAUCCUAAAAACAGCCCAUUCCGCAAUCUUUUUCAGUCAUCUGUCUACCACAAAAUUCUUGCAUAAUCAUUUGUGACACGGCUGCUCAGUUGUUUUGUAUACACAUCACAAAGUUAUGGGUUUCUUUUUCACUGUUGUAGGUGUAAAACACUUUGAAUGAGAUAAAGAUUUGGUGGUAGUAAUCUCUUUUUGUCUUGUAGGUCCAUGCACAGCUGGAAACGUGGCAGCUAGCCUCGACUGCUACAACAACACAGCUGAGGUCUCCUGGAGCCCUGCCAUCGGGGCCAGCUCUUACAUUGUGACUGCAGUGGCAACAGAUGGCUUUGUGGCUUCCUGUGUGACCAAUGAGUUCCACUGUAACCUGACAGAGCUGCAGUGUGGUCAGGUGUACAACGUAACUCUCACAACCGUCAGCGAGCAAUGUCAGAUUGAGUCAUAUGCCAAUGUUUCCUUCGACUCACGUCCCUGUGUACCCUUGCGGGUCGAAGCAAAUAUGCAGUGUGGCACGAAAACAGCCAACCUUACCUGGGAGGAAAGUGACGGAGUGGAGCUCUACUUGGCCACAGCUACCAGCAGAACGGGGACGACGGUGCACUGCAAAUCCACCAAACCCACCUGCCACUUCUCUGGCUUGAAAUGUGGUGAAAUAUAUGAGUUCUCUGUGACUGCCUACAGCAACAUGUGCUUCAGUGGAAACAGCAGCACAGUGGAAACUCAGACAGAACCCUGCCAGCCAACUGGCCUGACAGUCAGUGGAUCGUGCAACAAUGAAACGGUUGUCUUGAACUGGUCUGAAGCUGAAGGGGCAAUAGCUUACGUGGUGACCGCCAUUGGAAAUUUGGGCUAUGUCGAGUCUUUAAAAACCAACGAUACAACCAUAGAUGUCGAUCUGGCCUGUGGACAAAUCUUUACUUUCACCAUAACGGCUCUGGAUAACUCAGGAUGUGAUGGGACUGUAAGCGCACCUGAACAAUUCAAGACGGGUCCUUGCAUCCCUGAGUAUGUGCAUAGCUUCACACACUGUGAGGACAGCCUGGGCUCAGUCAGCUGGGUCAUGGGUGCUCAAGCAGACUCCUACUUGGCCAUUGCAAUGGGGGAGGAUGGCCACACUCAUCAUUGCACCACAAACACCACUACGUGCACAUGGACUGACCUUCACUGUGGUGAAGUGUACAUUGUAAACAUCAUAGCUCUUGACUACAAGUGCACCAGCUUGCCGAGCAACAGCACCACAAUUAAGAUGGCCCCAUGUAUUCCCCAGAAUUUGGAAUACUCUUUUAACUGCACCACUAAGGUUGGCUCGCUGACAUGGAACGAAAGCAAAGCUGCUGAGUUCUACAUCGCAACAGCAGAGACCAACAGUGACCACAAAAUCCAGCUCAGCACAAAUGAAACCUGGACAUUCAUCUCAGAGUUUCUCUGUGGUCAUGAGUACUUCCUGUCGGUGCAGGCUGCAGACUCAGAAUGCACAAGUCGUCCCAGUCCAGCAUCAAAGCUCACGUCAGAGCCUUGUCCGCCCACCAGUGUCUCCAGUCACAUGAACUGUAUUUCUGACAUUGCUAUGGUGUCAUGGAGCGGCUCAGCCGGUGCAGAGUUCUACACCACCACUGUAAAAACAAAGGACGGCGAGUCAAAGAGCUGCUGGUCUGACAGCGAGAAGUGCAGUAUGCCUCACGUGCCCUGUGGGCAGAACUACACCGUGACAGUCAUUGCCUCAAACAAGAUAUGUGACUCUGAUCCCAGUGUAGCUGACACACUGCAGUCGGUUCCUUGUGUCCCUGCUGAUGUGGAAGUAAAGGUUAACUGCUCCACAAGUCAGGCUGUUGUGUCCUGGAGUGCCAGCACUGGCGCUUUGUCCUACAAAGUGGUCGCUGAAAACACCCAGAACGAUAGGACCUUCUGUGAGACAGCAGAACUAACAUGCACUCUGACCAACCUCACCUGCGGAUACCUAUACUCUGUCCAGGUUGUGGCAGAGGGUGAAACCUGCUCAAGUCUGCCCAGCCAAGACGUAGAGUUUAGUCCAGUUCCUUGUACACCCAAGAUGGGCUCCGUAAUUCUGGACUGCUACACCAACUCUGCUCUCUUGGACUGGGUGUAUGCAGAAGGUGCUUUGUACUACACCGCAACGGCUCAGUCUUCGAGCGACCAUGUUUCCACCUGUUACUCUAACUUCACCAACUGUGAGCUGCAGAACCUGCAAUGUGGCCAAGUAUAUAACGUGGUCACACUAGCCUCCAAUGAUCAGUGCAACAGUCCGCCCAGCACGUCUUUGCAGGUUGAAUCAGUCCCCUGUCCUCCUGAGGAUGUUGUUCCAGUGCUGGACUGUUCCAGCAACACGGCUUAUGUGGAGUGGCGAGCCAGCACUGGCGCUGAGUCUUACAUUGUUCAAGCCUUCGGUGUGGAAGAACAUCAAACUGGCUGUGAGAGCAGCUCACAGUUCUGCGUUCUCGCAGACCUCAUGUGUGGGUUCACUUACAACAUCAGCGUGAUUGCUAUCAACAGUGUGUGCAAUGUGUCCCAGAGUGAUGUGGAACAGCUGCAGGCAGCGCCAUGCAUGCCAGAGCAGGUGGAGGCUCGGGUGGAUUGUAAGUCUGGUGGAGUGAUGGUUUCUUGGGAGCCGAGUAAAGGAGCUUUGUCGUACACAACCGUUGCCCAAGGAAGCGCUGGAUACAAUUCCACAUGCAGCAACACUGAGACAACUUGUCUACUGGAUGAUUUGUUGUGUGGCCUGAACUACACAAUAACUGUCAUUGCUUCAGAUGAUGUGUGUAACAGCACUGAAAGCUCGGUGGUGGAGAUCGGCACUGUACCAUGUAUCCCACAGCAUGUAACUGCAGAAAUGGUGUGCAGUAAUGACACAGGCGUGGUGUCGUGGGAAGAAGGGGAAGGGGUGACCUCCUACAAGGUGCAGGCUUAUGGACCCGAUGGGCACAGAACUGAGUGCCACAGCAGUGAAAGCAGCUGUGAGCUGCCGAACAUGCACUGUGGCCAGCUUUACAACCUGACAGUCACAGCUCAGGACGGACGCUGUGAUAACAGCAAUGCUUUCCUGAACCUCAUGUCAGUGCCUUGUAGACCAACCAACACCAAAGCUUUGCUACACUGCCACUCAAAUUCAGCUGCAGUAACAUGGGAGAAAGCCAGCGGGGCUCUCGCCUAUGUAGCCAUAGGUGUCACAGCAGAUGGAAGUCACUGGACUGAGUGUAACAACACUGAGACUUACUGCGAUCUGAGAGACUUGCAAUGUGGACAAACCUAUAAUGUGAGCGUGUUUGGGCAGGAUGAGUCCUGCUCCAGCACAGACAGUGACACGGCUUAUGUGCAAACAGCUCCCUGUCCACCCCAGAAUGUAGUUGUUGAUGCACAGUGUGCCAAAGGAGAAAUGGUUGUGUCCUGGUCCCCCAAUGCAGACGCUCAAUACUUCCAUGUAGCUGCUGUGAGCAACACAGGGGCAAGGCUUUACUGUAACUCCAGUGGCACCACCUGCACCCUUAGCAAUCUCCCUUGCGGACAACACUACAACGUCACUAUGCUGUCAGUUCGAGAUACCUGUGAGAGUAAAUCAAGCCCCAUGUUGCACACUUCUUCAGCUCCAUGUGUGCCCAUGAAACCUGAAGGGCGGCUGGACUGUGUUUCAAAUUCUGUCUGGGUGAGCUGGAAUCCUUCUCAAGGUGCAGCCAGCUACUUUGUGCAUGCAGAAGCGGCCGAUGGGCACAACUCCAACUGCACAACCACCUCCUCAACCUGCAGUGUCCAAGAUCUGAAGUGUGGGACCCAGUACACCUUUAAUGUUAUUGCUCUAAACCAACACUGCAGGAGCAAUCACAGCACUACUUUCCAGAUUGAGACAGGUCCUUGUGCUCUGGAGUCUGUCAAAGCAACAACGGAAUGCAACAAUGACACCAUAUUGGUUGAAUGGGAGAAAACACCAGGCACUCCUGUCUAUGUAGUUACAGCAGAAGCUGAUGAUAAUACCUUCCUUUCCUGUAACACCUCAUCAGUUUCGUGCGUCCUUCAGGAUGUUCGCUGUGGCACUUAUUACAGAAUUAUUGUAUCAACCUCCUCUGAUAAGUGCAGCAGCCUCAGGAGUCCUCCAAAGAAGGUUGAAACAGCACCGUGUGCCCCUCGCAAUGUGUCUGUGGUACCAUUGUGUGAGACAAGUGGAGCUGCUGUGUCAUGGAAAAAAUCCAUGGUGGCCGAAUCCUACCAGCUGAUAGCCACAGGACUAGAUGGACAUGUUGCCAAAUGCAACACCUCAGUGAACAACUGCUCUCUGGAUGGUCUUCACUGUGGUCAAACGUACAGCUUGAGCAUCACUGCCAAGGGAGCCACAUGCAGAAGCCUCCCAAGCCUGUCCUCCUUCAAAACAGUGCCUUGUCCUCCCGUCAAUCUCACUGUGGACAUUGACUGCCAGACAAACUCUGGCAAACUGUCAUGGAACAGCACAGAGCGAGCAGUGGAGUAUAUCAGCCACGCCACUUCCAUGAAUGGAAAAACUCUGUUCUGUGGCAGCGGUUCCACUUCCUGCACAUUUAAAAACCUGGAGUGUGGUGAUGUUUACAACUUCACCGUCAAAUCCUUUGAUGGCUUCUGCAACAGCUCCUCUAGCCCGACCGUGCAGGCAGGAGCAGUUCCGUGCCCGCCACCUUAUUUGAGAGUCCGUAUGCAAAGGAUAAAGAAAAUGGACUGGGCAAUGAUAUCAUGGGAUAGAGUCAACUGUUCAAAUGUGGAGUACUUGGCAAAAAUAACUAGUAAAAUUGGAAACAGCCCACAAACUCUGAUGAAUGUCGCUUCUUACUGGUGGGAAAGGCCGUACUUUGAGCUGCCAAUGCCCUGCAGCACAACUUUAAGUAUAACAGUACAGUCCAAAAACUCUGCUGGAGUUGGAAGGCCGUCCAGUAUUUAUUCUGGAAUAACAGCUCCGUGCGCUCCCCAGAUGGUGCAAUAUACUGGUAACAUGCAGUCAGUUGUGCUUUCCUGGAACGCAUCAGUGUUUGCCACAAACUAUAUGGUCUACAACAAAUCUGGUGGAAACCGUUCAGUCCUCUGCAACACUACCAAGCUCUCCUGCCAGAUUACCAACUUUGAUCCCAGUUUCACUGAAGUGACUGCCGUCAAUGAAGUGGGGGAGAGCAUUCCCAGCCAAAAUAUUACAGGUUUAGUAGGAGGGCGAAAAAGAAGAGACGUGCAGGACGAUCAGGUGUCCUCAGAUCUAGGGGAAAACUUGGAGGUGCCAGAAGUACUGUCAGUAACAGGAAGCAAAGGUUCCCUGCACGUGAAAUGGAGGAAAGUGAAGAACGCAACAGAGUACACAGUCGUGACUGAGGAAGAGCAAGGCGAGGAGCUGGGGGGUCAGCCUCCAAGAGUGGAAACUGUGGAAGGAGACCAUUACGAAGAGACUGGCCUCAAGGCAUCAACCACCUACUGUGUCAGGGUGGCAGCCAGGAACGCUGUCACCCAAAGCAGCUACUCCAGCCCAAAGUGCAGAAACACCGGAUCCUCGUUAUAAAUCAUCCUCAGGAUUGGUUUAAACCGACACUGGAACAAGCAAAACAUCAUAAUUUGGGUCAUUUCUGAUACAUUUAACACUCUAAGGUCUUUGUAAGGCUAAAUGUAAAACAAACAAAAAAAAGGUAAUCACAGCCGUGCAAUUCUUUGGCAUGACUCCUGCAUAUCCCAAAGAAACUAGAAUCAAACCUAAAAUUUAGAUUAGAAUAUUAAUGAAUUUAAGCUUUUAUAGUGUAACUAAUUGUAGCAGUUCAACAAAGUCUUGCUAAAAUGGUAUUUAUCUAAAGUAACUUUGUGCUGAAAGAGAAUUUUAGACUCAAUGAAUGAUUGUUAAAAGAAAUGUAGCAUAAACAAAUGAAAUUAUAAUUUAUCAAGCAAUGUUUUCAAUGUGCAUUAUAUUUUCCCUACAAUGAUGACUUCUCUUUUUGUGAACAUUCAAAGAUUAAAAUAAAAUAAUAAAAAAAUGCUGUUG